AGAGUCCCAGAAGAACGUUUUAGUUCAAAUCUAAAAGCAGAGAAGAACUUGAUCAUUUCGAAGCCAGAAACAGGAGGACAGAACACGAACACAGGACGAUUCAAAUUUGCGCUACUUCAAGGACCAGACAGUUUGUUCAUCACAUCAAAUCUCCGAAAUACCAAUUUUUGACAGUUUUUAAGUCUACAGAAGACAGAGGUUCACAACAAUCAUGCAGAACGGCUAUGUGCAGCCUACACCUCUUGGUACAACAACACAGAACUGUACAGACGCACAACAAGCUGUAAAGAAGCGCUACAAGUGUCCGUUUGAUCAGUGCGACUACACUUGUGACAGAAAGCGGUCCUAUAUAUGCCAUCUCGCCAACAAACACGACGUAGGAGAGAAACCGUUCGCUUGUACCAAGUGUGAUUCUAAAUUUGGUCGGCGAGAAUACUUGAUAAAGCAUGAGCUGACUCACUCUGACUAUCGCCCAAGGCCACACAAGUGUCCCCACUGCGACUAUGCCGCUAUGAACAAAAACACCCUCGCCACUCACAUCGCCAGGCACACCGAUGACCGACCCUACGUUUGUGAGGAAUGCGGCUACAGGGCUGUGACACAAUCAAUCUUAAACAAACACGUACAGAUACACACGGGAGAGAAACCGUUCAAGUGUUCCGAGUGCGAUUACAAGGCAAGAAAGCGGUCCCAGCUGAAUUCUCACAUGUUACGACACACAGGUGAGAAACCGUACGCUUGUGAGGAGUGCGGAUUUAGAGCGGCACGCAGAAAAACUCUACAGAUGCACAUCAUGACCCACACGGGCGAGAAACCGUACAAAUGUCCCCACUGCGAGUACCGGUGUACGGUUAUGGCGGGUGUGAGGAAACACGUGGAGGCCGUCCACACGGGAGACAAACGACACCUGUGUGACCAGUGCGGGUACAGGACAGCUAACCCGUCCAACAUGCGCACACACAAGAUGAUACACACAGGAGAGAAGCCAUACAAGUGUGACGCGUGUGGGUACAGGUCCAACAGCCGCUGGAAUCUCAAAACCCAUAUGAAAACGCACGCUAAGGCUUAGGUCCCAAUUCCUAACCGGGUAGCUUUCGGAAACGAAAGCUAUGAUAUGAAAGGUAACAAAACACACGGAACGAAAAACAACACAUUAGUCAGGAGUAAUAGUU